UGAAACCCAUACAUAAUGAAAUUGACAACAGAUGAUACGACAUCUGCUACAACCGCCUCCUACGCACCGCAGCUUCAUAUACGUAUGCAUGACCAGGAGCGCCAUCACUUGUUCGUAGUUCACAGAGCAGCUCGGAAGAGAUUCGAAUUCACAGCGAUGGAGCGUCGUUAUCUCCUCCUUUUUGUCGCCUUUGCGGUAGGAGUGGCUGAAGGCAGAUGGAUGAAAGGAAAAUACUCUGAGUGCUUUAACGAAUUCAACGGGACCGAAGGAGUUAUAACCAACGCCGAUCUGACAACGGAUGCGACUUGCAAAGCUGUUAUCAUUAUGGUCGAUGCAGGAGAGCCAGUAACCUUCACCUGCUCUGAAUUCAACUUCAACAGCGGCAAUAACUCUUACUGUAUGAUAGUCUCCACCAAGAAAGGAAAAAAGGGAAAGAGAGGGAAUGGAAAGGGGGGAAACAAUAAAGAUAACGAUGAUCCUCAGCGCCCUAGGAGAGGCGGAAGGAGUGUAGGCGAUGGAACCGACGAGGAAACGGCGCAAGGACUUCUGGCCAAUGCCCUUCUCAGGGGAUCGCUAAGCCAACAUUUCCUGAACCGCGAGAAGAGACAUAGAAAGCACUUCGGAGGAGACUCAAUGGAAAACGGAGAAUCAAUGGAAAACGGGAAAGACUCAAUGGAAAACGGGAAAGAAUCAAUGGAAGCUCAUGGAGUAAGGAGAAGGGGCGGAUGGAGAAAAGGCAAAGGUAAAAGAGGCCAAAAAUUUUGUGAUGAUGCUGCCCCAACAAAUGUUGAAAUAUCAAAGGGCACAGCAAAAAUCAUGCUCGUGCCAAAUCGGAAGGGGAAAUUCCGUGGCGCGAACUCGACUCCAGUCCUCGACGUCGUGGCGUUCGAAUGCAGCUGGGGGCCGAAUUAAACCAGCUGUUGGCCUUUUGCUGUCAGUAGCUUUAUGACACUUUAAUUUAUUUCCAUAAUUUAUUUGAAUGGCAUUGUUUUCAACUGAUAUAAUGUCACAUCGAUGGCCUUAUGUAUUAUUUCAUAAUUUUAAUCUGAAUGUAUGAAUUAUACGGUAGAGGCUUGCACAAUUUAAAUUAUAUUGGAUCAUCUGAAUUAAGAAAUUCAAAUAAAAAAGAAACGGUACA